AUGUCAGGUGCAAUAAGAUACCCCCAUAUCGAUCCCUCUGGAAGUUUGAAUUAUCCCGAAAAUAUCGGGAACCGCAUUUGGAAAUAUCGUCAGAAUGAUCCAGGGGAUUCAGAGAAAAGUUCUGGCACUCAGGAAGAACUUCCAGCUGUAUGCCCAAAGAACAGUAUCGGUGUAGAAGCCAUCAAUUCCAAAGCUGAGAGACAGAUGACCAACGACAAGCUUUUAAGUAUAGUCCAGAGUAGUCACUUCAUUCUUCGACUUUUUGCAGUCCUCAAUGCAUUUUUGUCGCUGUAUUUGAUCUUGAGCUCCGUCGAGGCUUUUCGAUUUGCACAAAAUAAGCCAGGUCGCCCACUGUCGUCCGUUCAGAGAUCAGUGCAUAUGUCAGCUCUGCCGUGGACUGUCUUCGCCAGUGUAGCAGGGGCAAACAUUCUAAUCAAUUUUUACUUCUUAGUCCUCUUUUGCUGCUUGUCCAAAAAGCCACCCAAUAUUCAUGGCUUACUCUACAAUGUUGUCAGUGGAGUUGUAUUUGGAAUCGUGCUUGGUGCCUUCAUCCUACUCAGCAUGCACAUAGAUUCAUCGAGCGAUCUUCGGUAA